AUGGAGGGAGCUCUCUCCGUGCCCCCGGAGCGGGGCACUAUCAUAGGGAGAGCUUUAUGGAAGCCUCGAUAUGUUGUUGUUGGAGCCGCUCAACGAGACUCGCAAACACAGAAUGGGCGUAUGCAGCCACCCCGCGGCUCGACACCUAAGGAACAGCCCAAGAUGAACCCGGAAGGAAUCUAUCUUUCUAUUUACAAGUCUAAGGAGGAAUUGGAUCCCAUACAGCAGCAUGCCAUUGCUACAGUCACCGACUGCCAGGUGCAGAUGCUCGCACAUCGUAAACAAGGCCCCGUUCUACCAACCCUCGUCAUCAACAUCGUCCCGGACCCGGCCACCGACAAGUUGCGAAAGCGGAGAUCGAGCAGGACGGCCGGCUUGACAGCCACAAAAGAGACGGCGCCCACAACUCUCUUGUUUCGUCCGGCCACCGAAGAACACCACUCUCUCCAAGAAUGGGCCCGCGUUAUCCAGCACCUCAUACAGCCCCACAUGCCAAACCGAGUCCCCCUGAGCCCAAUAACUCCCGCAUCGCCUAGCUUCACGAACCCCUUCGCCUCCCCGCGCUCGAGAGAACCAAGUGACGCGCAAUUCAGACCAGGCAGCGGGAAUCCCGGGUCACGGCCGACCUUCCAGUCGAGAGGCUCUAACCAGACAUACUCGUCCCGCGAGCGCGACCGGCCGGUAACCUACUCCGAGUCCCUGAGCUUGCGCUCUAGGAGGAGCGACCUUUCGUCCCACACGAGCUCAAUGAAUCCGUCCCACGUCGGUUUACAGAACUACACCACAAUGAACCACCCUACAGACCUUCCAUCGCCGGCUAGUACUGUCGGGGAAUAUCAGGGUGAAUUUAUCGAGGGAUGGACAUCGGCACAGGGGAGGUCGUCUACGCUAAGCUCGCCCGUGAGGGGACGCGACAGUAUUGGGUCACAAAUACCGGUGCCGAUUCAGCCCCAGAUGGAGGCUAGCUCACCGCCGGGGCCACGGGAAACUAUACUCGACAGAGCUUUUCAAUUACGCUGUAUUCCGGGGUCUGAACGUGGCACACCAGGCGAAGAGAAGCUCAGCUCGCUAGCCCGGUUUGACGCGCUCAUGCGGGAGGCGGAUAAAGAGAGGAGGAAUCGCGAAGUUAAUGAGUACAGCAAGGUUUCAGCCCAGGCGUUAGCAUCCGCAGCUGCACAGAAUGGUGGGCUAAAGAGUGCGUGGGAACUAGAUGAUUCAGAUUCCGACGUCGAGCAGGGCUUUGACGAAGCAGACGAAGAUAGCGACGAUCCGGUCGGGGAGAUGGAACCGGACACUGAGGAUCGCUUUUCGCCGAGGUCAACAGGACGGAUUCCUCCAACGGCACAGCGAGCUCUAGACUUUGUCGCCGGGAGGCGCGAGGCAACGCCACAUUCACGGCCCCAGGGCGCGCAAGCCCAGCUGAACUAUAAUCGAGAGGCCCUCUUGGCCCUUUCAAACAGUGGAUCUGACCUACGGCCCCAGACGGGCUACUCGAAACAUAAUACAAGGCCGGGAAUGGCUCAGAGAACGUACAGUCAGUCACGGCUAGCGGGGGGAUUCACGAACCCGGCCAUGGCAUCUCAACCUAACAUGCCCGUCCCUUCGCCCGGCGUCCUCCUGGGAAUCCCAGCACAUCAGGCAGAGAGACUACAAGAUGAUAGUACUCCCAGCCCCGGGACAGCACCAGCACCGACGGUGAUGCAGCGGAGCGAGAAGCGGCUGUCGGCAUCGAGCACAAAGCGCCUCAGUUUCACAGAGUUUACGAAGCGCCUCAGUAGCACGAGCAGUUUGCUCCUGGCGCAAACCAACACCAGCGGAAGUGGGAGCCGGGGCAGUAACAGCGAUGUUGACGCUUCCCAGCAGCUACAGCAACAACAUCAAUACUCUCACCACUUGUAUCCUAGGGGAGCACCGGCAUCACCGCAGCAGCAGCAGCCGCAGCAGCAGCAGCAGCAGCCUCAAUAUCCGCCGUCGUUGAGCGAGCGAGAGCGCUGCGGCUGGCGCGGUAGCGUCGGGGUUUUCGGAAGCGCCGAUGGCGGCUUCGUUUGA